AUGGCGACUCCUACCGUCAUCGAGAUCCCCAAAACAAAGUCCGCCGCCGCCGACCCGAGUGCGCGCAGCUUUCUCACUACUAUUCCGCCUGAGAUCCGCAACCGAAUCUACGAGUGUUUGUUCAAAAGAGAUGGACCUGUUAUUCUAGACGACGGCCAGGUGCACAGGGCACUUUGGAAUUGGGAUCAUGUCAUUCAUCUCACGCAGAGUGGCGUCGAGCAGCAAGUAAGGAAUGAAGAUUUGUGUGAUGUCUUUGCAGGUUGCACCGACCUUCUACUAUCAUGCAGGCAAGUCUACCACGAAGCCGUCGGUAUUCUCUACUGCCAGAAUACUUUCUUCUUCUCUCAAUUCCUUGAAAACCAGAUGCGCUUCACCUGCACAUGGCUGUCAAGAAUCGGAUCACACUAUCAGCUCUUGUCUCGCGUAAGCAUAGAUGCGGAACCAUCUGCUCUAAUACAUUAUCGGGAAUACAAUCUGUUACCGCUGUUGAAGCUUAUUUGGAACCAUCCUCAGGCCAAAUGCGAGUUUGCCUUCGUGCAUUCCGGAAGUUCGUUGUCUCAAGAACGAAACAACGGCGCUGGAUAUCACGACCCAAUUACUGUCGCGGAUCUUAUGAACCGUGUCCUCUUCGAAUUACGCACGGCAGACGUUCUCAACCUCAGGCAAUAUGCUAAAUACUCUGGCCUGAUCUCAUCAAUAAAGAUCUGGUUCCAUGAGCACGACCAUUUUGGAUACGUCGAAUACAAUGAUUCGAAUAUUCCACAUCCCUUCCCGCAUCCGGGAAGAAUUUUCGACAUUCCAGACCAUGGUUCCGAGAUUCAAUGGAAAGAAUCUGAACAGUUAAGGCUUCUGUCCCUGCCUACUGAAAUCCUAUCGGCCAUCAAUGCGUACGCAGGCGCAUCUGACACAAACGUUACAUUCGACCUGGACACCAACAAAGCCCAGGGCUACCGCAUAGGCCUCAGCGGAGUCAACGACCUGCUGCGGGGCGACAUCGAUCACAUCUAUACGCGAGUGUACGACGAGAUUGUCGUCCGCAUGUCUACUCAGGAAGCUAGGACCGACUUCAAUAAUUUCAAGGCACUACAAAAGCUGUUAGAGAUUGAAAACUUUGAAAAUUUGGUCAAUGGUCGCAGAGAGGAGCAUUGUUUCAUCAACAUGACUCUGAUAUUCAAGCUCUCUAUAGCAAAACCCACCGCGGACCUUCGUAUAAACAUCAACAAGCUUCUGUAUACAUUCAAUGACGACCAUGGUACUCUUGUUAUUACCGUUCAAGAACCCGAUAGCAGCAUGAAAGACACCCAGUCCAUCAGGUGGCAGCAUAUUCAGACAGCAGUAUUCCUCUUGCUAUCAGAUGUAUCGGAGCAGUAUCCUUCCAAAACCGAUCAGCCUUUUCCACAAAUAUGGAUCAACGGUUACGGUACUGUUUUGUGCGCUACGUACCCCGCCACGGCCAUCUCCGAGGAGAAAACCAUUCCCUGUUCUUAUGGCAUCGACGAUCCGGCUGACAUCCUCGACCAAUACCAUCGCAAGACCGAGUAUCUUGAUCAAAGUGGAAUAUGGGAAAAUCUUGCGUCCUCUUACGACAUUUAUUCUUAUAUGAAUAACGAUAGCCUGGCAAGUAUGUGGUACUGCUUACGGUACUUUCUUGGGAGGGAUCUUGAAGGGUGA